UUCUACGUACCACGUCACAUCCUCGGUCGUAUCACUAAUAAAACUCCUCCCAUGUUUAACUUGUCUUGUUUUAAAUUUCGUUAUUCAACAGACAGUCGCUUUAUUCUGGGCCGUUUUGCUGAAGUCGCUUAACAGCUCGAAAUCGGAGUGAGGAUGGCCACCCCAGGCUCCGGUGAUGCUGGACCACCCCGGACCACUCAGCCCGGAGGAGGGGGUAGGGGUGCAGUGCUCGGCCGCAGACUGCCUGCUGCUAUUUCUCCCGGCCGCCUCCCCACCAUGCGCUCCAGAGACCUCACACUAGGAGGAGUGAAGAAGAAAACAUUCACGCCCAAUAUCAUCAGCCGAAAGAGUAAAGAUGAACUGAAAGCUGACGAAGGACCCAGGAGAGAGAGGAAGGAUGCGGAUCGAGGGCGACAGAGAGAUGGGCGUGGCAGGGGGCGGGGUCGCCCAGAGGUCAUCCAAUCCCAUUCCAUCUUCGAGCAGGGCCCUGCGGAGAUGAUGGCCAAGAGGAGAGGUGUGUAUGAUGACGUGCGAGAAACUCCCAACAGCGGACCCUCCCCCAUCAUCAAUAUUAAGAAAGAGAAGAGAGAGACGGAGGAGGAAACGAAAGAGAUUCUGCGCAAGCUGGAGAGAGACAAUUUUCUAGAUGACCCUCACUUAAGGAGCGAGGCACGGAGUUGUCCCGUCCAGCUUCCCCUGGCUGUGUCCGGCUGGAUCUUUAAGGAGGAGUUUGAGGAGGACACCAAGAUAGGCCUCAAAAUGGAGAGCAACUCUGGAGAAGCUGAACCAAUGAACACUGAAAGCUCUGGCGCUGUUUCAGUUAAACAAGAACCUCCUGAUGUACCUGAGGUAAAGAAGGCGGAGCCCAUGUUAAAGCCACCGCCCAUACAUGAGCCCGAUUCACUGCCUGAACUGCUUGAAGCCUGGGGUCAGUGUAAAGAGGAGGAGCUGCUCUUCAUGCAGCUUCCUGAUUCGUUACCAGGCCAGCCGCCCACAACUGAUGUAAGACCAACCAAAACAGCUGUCCAGUCAGAGGAUGGUCAGUCCAUGCUGCAGAAAACUGAAGGCCAGCAGGAGGAGGCUGAAGAGGAGAACAGCUGCUGCCUGAAGGACCUACAGGAGGGUUUGGUGGGCCGCAUGCUGGUGAGGAAAUCUGGAAGAGUGCAGCUCAUCCUAGGGAACAUCACGCUGGACGUGGCUCUAGGGACCCCCUGCUCUUUCCUUCAGGAGUUGGUGUCCGUUGGGACAGAAGGCAGAAGAGGGGAUCUGUCUGUGCUCGGCCACAUUAAACACAGACUGGUUUGUUCACCUGACUUCCAGGCUCUUCUGGAGAACAGAGUUUAAGGUGUGUGUGUGUGUGUGUGUGUGUGUGUGUGUGUGUGUGUGUGUGUGUGUGUGUGUGUGUGUGUGUGUGUGUGUGUGUGUGUGUGUGUGUGUGUGUGUGUGUGUGUGUGUGUGAAUCUGUGCAACUCCUCCACUACAAGUUUUCAGAGAUGUAUUAUUUAUGAGAAGGAGAUGCAGAACUUGGGUUUGAAUGACAUUUAUUUAUGUACAUAAUUUAAACUUAUUCCAGGAGAUUAAAUGAAAAGCUCUUGUUGUAGAUCCUGAAACAUGUUUAAAUAAGAUGGAAUGAUUAAAGUCAUAUUUACACAUA